UUUCAAAAUAUUAUACUUGUAGUAGGUUCUGUCAGAGGACGGGAUAAUUAAUACAACCAAUGUAUUUGCGGGUAGCUGGAACAUUUGAAGAUCAACGAAGACUUUUGUACCAGUUGACAUUGGUUUUGGUGUAUUGUAUGGUCAUCCACAGCGAAAAGUGUAACAUCAGCGGUUUAAUCAAGCCGUGCACAUGUGAAAAGUUUUGGAACGACGAGAGUUUCAUCACUUGCUCUCCUCCAGAUGAUGGACGGACAUUAAUGGACUUGCUGGAGAUUGUCGCCAACCAUUUCCAUUCCGGUAAAAAAAUUACAUUUUGUAUAACUGGAUGUGACAGAGAAGAAGCUGCUUUUCCGGCUUUUCCAUAUGGUUUCUUUUCUAAACUGAAUCGAGUAAAAGAAUUCCAAAUAGAAGUGCGUUGUGAUUUCGCAUUUCUUUCUCCUCCUGUACACGAAGGAACAUCUAUAUUUGAUGGAUUAACAAUAACGGAGAAGAUGACAGUCGUAAUAUCUCCGCCUUGUCAAUCUCUUAAUGGGUGGGAUUGGUCACUGUUUUUAAACAUAAAAUUUGAAGAAAACGCCACUUUUUCUAUAGACCACUUUCACUCUAGACUUGACUAUAUUCCCUCAUCAUUUUCUAACUUGGGAGAACAUAUUCCUGUGAAAGAUAUCAAAUUCGUUAGAGUAUUUGUAAGUAAAUUGCCAAAUUAUGCCUUUUCGAAAUUUUGGAGAAUGGAAGAAUUUAAUUUCACUCAAAGCCUUUUAAGUGUAGUCAGACGCAGUGAUUUUCCUACUGAAGCCACAUACCUGAGAACUUUGGAUCUUAGUGGCAACAAACUUCAAAUAUUACCAGAUGACCUCUUCUCAAACAUGCCUAUUCUUAAGGUAGUUGCCCUAAAUGGUAACAAUAUCUAUGUCCUUCAAGAACAGCUUUUUCGGAAUAUCGCAAAACACAUAAAAUUCAAUGUUUCAGAUUUACCAUUAUACUGCAACUGUUCAAUACAUUGGAUAAUCAGUAGAAGUGGAUUUGAAGAGAUUGAAGGGGAAUGUUUUUCUCCUGAACACUUGAAAAACAAACCUCUCAACGAACUGAAAAAUGACGACCUUUCAUGCUGAAACGAUCUGUAGAGAGGAAGAAUGUUUUGUUACUUGGAAGCAACAGAGGCUAUGGUGAGGUUAUUAUAAUUACAGAAAAUUUGAAGUUGUGAAUGAAAACAGUUUUUGUAGCUAUGGAAAU